UGCCCGGCUCUCCUCCUCCUCCUUCUCUUCCGCGGCCAAACCCCUGCUCCGUCUCUCUCCUGCCGCCGCCGCCGCCGCAGCAAUAGCAAUAGCAACAACCCGAGCGCUCGUCUCCAGGGGACGAUGCUCUGGCUCCCCAGCAGCUUCCGAGCUGUGGCUCAGCUGCUCGGCGGCUCCCCCGGGCUAACCUUCGCCGCCUGGCUCUUGCUGCACCACCUUGGACCUCCCAUGCCUCUGGCUUCCUCCAUCCUGACAGGUUCUGUUGCAAAAUGUGAAAAUGAAGGAGAAGUCCUACAGAUCCCCUUUAUCACUGACAAUCCUUGUAUAAUGUGCAUUUGCCUGAACAAGGAAGUGAAAUGCAACCGAGAGAAGUGUCCGGUACUUUCCAAGGAGUGUGCUCUGGUAAUUAAGCAGAGAGGAACAUGCUGUGAGCGUUGCAAAGGUUGCAAUUUUGAAGGAAAUUCGUACAAUAGCUCAAUCUCAUGGCAGGUCCCAGACAAACCCUGUAUCAUGCACCAAUGUCAGGAGGGUGUAAUAACAGAAUCUGAGGUUCAGUGUGUUGUCCAUUGUAAACACCCUUCAAAGCAGCAAGGAUUGUGUUGCCCCACAUGUCUAGGUUGUACAUUUGAAGGUAGACAUUACUCUGAAGGUGAGGAAUUUCAGCCUGAAGGAAACAAAUGCAUCAAGUGUGCUUGUAUUGGUGGCAGGACACAGUGCAUACGGGAAGUGUGCCCCAUUCUUUCAUGUCCCCAGCAUCUCAGUCACACUCCUUCUGGGUGGUGUUGCCCAAAAUGUUUGGGACAGAGGAAAGUGUUUGAUCUCCCAUUUGGAAGCUGCCUCUUUCACAGUGAUGUUUAUGACAAUGGGGCAUCUUUUGUGUAUGACAAUUGUACUAAGUGUACAUGCAGGGAUUCCACUGUGGUAUGUAAGAAGAAAUGCUCACCUCCUGGAGAUUGCAUUAAGGCCAAUGAACAGUGCUGCACGGAGUGUGUCUCGUAUGUGUCUCCUGAGGAAGCAAAAGUGUGCAAGUUUGGCAACAAAGUCUUCCGGGAUGGAGAGAUGUGGUCCUCCGUUAACUGCACCAUCUGUGCUUGUGUGAAAGGCAAGACAGAAUGUCGCAAGAAGCAGUGCAUUCCAGUCACCAGCUGCCCUCAUGGAAAGAUCUUGAACAGAAAAGGAUGCUGUCCCAUUUGCACUGAAAAGCCUGGAGUUUGCACUGUAUUUGGAGACCCCCACUACAACACAUUUGAUGGACGGACAUUUAACUUUCAGGGAACAUGUCAGUACGUUUUGACGAAAGACUGCUCCUCCUCUACCUCACCCUUCCAGGUGCUGGUGAAGAACGAUGCCCGUCGGACUCGCUCUUUCUCCUGGACAAAAUCUGUAGACCUUGUGUUGGGUAGCAGCACCAUCAGCCUUCAUCAGCAUCUCACAGUGAAGUGGAAUGGGUCCCGGAUAUCUCUACCUUUCGAAAACCCACACUUUCACAUUGACUUGGAAGGAUAUCUGUUGAAAGUGACAACCAAAGCAGGAUUGGAAAUCUCUUGGGAUGGAGACAGUUUUGUUGAAGUCAUGGCGGCGCCACACCUCAAGGGCAGGCUUUGCGGUCUGUGUGGCAACUAUAAUGGGCACAAGAGAGAUGACUUGAUUGGGGGUGAUGGGAGUUUUAAGUUUGACGUGGAUGACUUUGCUGAGUCCUGGCGUGCGGAGUCAAAUGAGUUCUGCACUCGCCCUCCAAAGAAGCAGUUUCCUGAACUGUGCCAGGGAACUGUGAGGAUAAAGCUCCGGGCCCACCGGGAAUGCCAGAAACUCAAAACCUGGGAUUUUCAGACUUGCCAUUCAACUGUGGACUACACUACAUUUUAUCGGUCCUGUGUGACAGACAUGUGUGAGUGUCCUGUUCAUAAGAAUUGCUACUGUGAGUCAUUCCUAGCCUAUGCCAGAGCCUGCCAGAGAGAAGGUCUGAAAGUCCACUGGAAGCCUGAGCAGAAUUGUGCCGCAACCCAAUGCAAACAUGGUGCAGUUUAUGAUACCUGCGGUCCUGGAUGUGUGAAAACCUGCAGCAACUGGAAUGAGAUUGGCCCCUGCAAUAAGCCGUGUGUUGCAGGAUGCCACUGCCCUGCAAACUUAGUCCAUCACAAAGGAAGAUGCAUCAAGCCCAUUCUCUGCCCACAGCGGUGACAGUAGCUUUCAUCCCCAAAAGACUUUAAAACUGGUAUCUUUGGUACCUUUCAAAGCUAACAGCCAAUGAAGGACUGAAAUGUUUGUUGACAGAUUUUGCAAAGCACGCUUGCAAAGAAUGAAAAAUAUGUGUGUGGCUGGCUAUAUAUUUAUAUGUGUAUAGGGGUAUGUGUUUGUGUGUCUCAUCACAAGCAUGUAUACAUUUGUAUGAUUAUUAUGUGCAUGUGUGCAGAGAGAGCAGAUGUAAAGAGCUUGACAGCCAAACCCUCAGCAUCCCUCAGCAUUGUGGAAUGGGAUUAAGGAAAUUGUAGGUUUUCCCAGUCCCCUAUUCCUACUGCUGGGCAUGACAGAUAUGAAGCCCUGAACCAAAUUCUUUCCCUAUAACAUAAUCUUACUCCACGAUGUCCUUUGCAGCAACAUGCCACCCCUCGUUUUGGAGUCUUCAUCCCCAUCAAGUUAGAUACACACAGGCACCUCUCCUAUCACAAACCAGUUCCUCAGCCAGGGCCUGGAAUAAGGUGGCAUCAGUCCCAGGUUUAACUAUAUCUGUAUAUACUAAAAUACACAUAAACAUACAUGUGCGCGUGCACACACAUGAAAAUAGACAUCAUUUAUAUAAACCAUAGAAGGAUGAAUUAUUAUAUGCAUAUUUUUUGCUAUAAAGUUUAUCUAUUAGUGUUUCUAUGAGUCUGUCCUGUAAGCCACGUCAGUAAUUUGUAUAAAUAAACCAGGUGUUUACUAGCAUGAACAUACCCACUGGAUUGACUUUGCCAGUACAUUAGAUUAUAGUUUCUAUGGAAAUGUCUCCUUAGCGUUGACAGGUAAGUUUUAUUUAAAUUUAUAGAUGCACAAGGAACAUGUUCUUCUGAAAUUAGGAUUUUUCCAAGUUUUUCUCCUCAGAAGAGCUUGAACAAAGAAAUCUGGGGCAUAUUUCUGAAGUCAAAAAGUACUUUUGGAGGGAGGAGAGAGCAGUUAAAAUCACUACCUCUCCCCCCUCCACGUGAGUUUACCUACUUGGAAACAUGCUGGACUGAGCUCCAUUGUGGAGACUUCCACUAACGCUGGACGGUUAAAUACUUCUAUCACUGCUCAGAAUGUCAGCCCAUGCUGCUGGGGGAGGAUAGUGUGCUUCUCAGCCACAGAAUUGCACUGUGCUGAGAGAGUGGGGAUACCACGUCUAUGGGAAAGAUCCAUGGAAUCAGUUCCUACCCGUAUAGUUGGGUCAUUUGCAUAUUACCACAGUUAUGCCAGACUCACUUGUGGAAAGUGUCUUCACAGCUAAAGUAAUGUUUAAAGAAAUCCCAAAGCUGGCUAGCUGAGGGUCAAACUUAAACAUACAGCUAAUUGCAUAUUAAUGGGGCCAGCUUAAUCCUGGAAGUCAUAAUUAUUUAACUAAAAGCAGCGGAGAAAUUUAGAGCAGGACUCUGACCUGCCACGAGGGGGAAGGAAACCUUUUCUCUCCGCACAAUUUUCCUGCCAAAAAUGGUACCUCCAAAGCUGCUAUUUCCCCUCAAACUAUUUACUUCAAAUUGCAUUGGAGGCAGUGGUGCUGGGGAUGCCUCUCCUAAAGCAUAAAGCUUUACGAGAGCCAUCCGGACUUACCAGAUGGGAAAUAGCCCUGGGAAAGGGGUUAAUCCUUCCCUCCCCAAAUGCUGUGAUCACAGUCUAAGUUUUAAAAAAACUCUCCCCCUGUGGCUGAUUCUAGUUAAACAAGAUGCACUUCAAGGAUUAAGCACGCCUUUUAAAAAUGUAAUUAGCGGCAUGUCUUGUUUGACUCUGAGAUUAAAGAGACAUACAGUAUAGGCUACAAUCCAACUCCAGAAUUAAGCACCCUAAAGCCCUUGAAGACAAAGGGCUUUAGCGUGAUUAACUCUGUGGUUGAUUGUGGCCUUGAUUCUGAGAUAAAAACCAAAGAUUCAGUGCCUUCACUUUCAAAAUGGCUUACUGUGGUGGGUGUUGCAUGUGUGCAGCCAGGGUUGUCUAAUGGAAACUGAUCUCAGAAAAUAUUAAAGACAAGCAUAUCUGGGAUGAUUUAUGGCUGUCACCCAUUUUCUGAUAUAGUGGGUGAUCUGGAAGGAGAAAGAAGAAGUAAGAUUACUGUCCCAUAGGAGGUGAUGUGGCAUAUCCACUCCUGUUAAUCUUCUUCUGGAAAGAACCAUUUUGCUGUCCAGCAUGUGGGCAGAAGGGGAGACGGAAAUCAGUUUUCCUUCUUCAACUUUCUUUGCAACCAUUUGGCAAUCCACUGUGUGCUGGUUGCGAGACAACAGCUGAGAAAUUUGCCCAGAAAGAGACAUGUACCUAACGCAGCAAGAGACUCAAAACAAUAUAUCUACUGUGUUGCUAUUGCUGUCAAUCACCUCAGCUGUUUUCCAAAGACAUGUUUUGUGCAGGUGAUAGCUAUUUCCUGUUGCCUGAGAUGGAUAGAUGAUUCUAGGCCUUUAAUGCUCACUUACUUUCCAAGAUUAUGUUUCUUUAAAUCACUGAGAGCACCUGUGUUCUGUACAGGUUGAACAGCAAAAGGAAAAAAAAAGUAUGUUUAUUUAAAAUAUUUAAAUGCCUUUACCUGUAUAUGUUAUGUUUGAUAUGCAUUGAAAAUAAAUAUUAAAGAAUUUGAAAAAAAUGACAUUCUGGUGAAAUACAUCAUAUUAAUGUUAUUUUUUGAGCAGAAAUGUGAUGAUUAAUAUUAAUCAUAUGUAUUUCUAAAGCUGUCUGGAAAUAAGGAAUAAAUGGUUGAUUUAAUGAUAA